CUGGGUGUUUCCUGCCUCUCUUAGUCCGGUUUUGGAGACUCCUGCGUCCUCCGACUUUUCAUGGAAGAGAUGUCAGGAGAAAGUGUGGUGAGUUCAGCGGUGCCAGCAGCUGCUACCCGCACCACUUCCUUCAAGGGCACGAGCCCCAGCUCCAAGUACGUGAAGCUGAAUGUGGGCGGGGCGCUCUACUACACCACCAUGCAGACGCUGACCAAGCAGGACACCAUGCUGAAAGCCAUGUUCAGCGGGCGCAUGGAAGUUCUCACGGACAGCGAAGGCUGGAUCCUUAUUGACCGGUGUGGGAAGCACUUUGGUACGAUACUCAACUACCUUCGUGAUGGGGCGGUCCCCUUGCCCGAGAGCCGUCGGGAGAUUGAGGAGCUGCUGGCAGAAGCCAAGUACUACCUGGUCCAGGGCCUGGUGGAAGAAUGCCAGGCAGCCUUACAACAGAACAAAGAUACUUACGAGCCUUUCUGCAAAGUUCCUGUCAUCACCUCAUCCAAGGAAGAGCAGAAACUUAUAGCGACUUCAAAUAAGCCAGCCGUGAAGCUGCUCUACAACCGAAGUAACAACAAAUACUCAUAUACCAGCAAUUCUGACGACAAUAUGUUGAAAAACAUUGAGCUCUUUGAUAAGCUCUCUCUGCGCUUUAAUGGAAGGGUCCUGUUCAUAAAGGACGUCAUUGGGGACGAAAUCUGCUGCUGGUCCUUUUACGGGCAGGGCCGCAAGAUUGCCGAGGUCUGCUGCACCUCCAUCGUCUACGCCACUGAGAAGAAGCAGACCAAGGUGGAGUUCCCAGAGGCCCGGAUUUAUGAGGAGACCCUCAAUAUUCUGUUGUACGAGGCCCAGGAUGGCCGAGGACCUGACAAUGCGCUCCUGGAGGCCACCGGCGGGGCAGCGGGCCGCUCGCACCACCUGGAUGAGGAUGAAGAGCGGGAGCGGGAGCGGAUCGAGCGUGUGCGGCGGAUCCACAUCAAGCGCCCAGACGACCGGGCCCACCUGCACCAGUGAGCUGGCCGACCGUCCCCGCCUCCUCCCUGCUCUUCCUCCCUCCCCCCCCCCCCCCGCUCUUCACUCCGAUUCCUGCGGACUCCUGGGCACCGUCCACGUUCCCUGCAGUCCGGAGAUCCGUUUCUGUAACAAGCCAGAUGAUUAUUUUGAUACUUCUCGACUGGGUGACUGUCUCUCCCCAGGUGAAUGCACCCCUGUUCUCGAGCAAGCUAUGUCCCUUUCAUGGGGAUCUGAGAAUCCUUGGAGCCAGGCUCUCUCGGCUGUCGGAGAAAAGUAUGAAUGGGUAUGAAGUGGACAUGAGCAAUUUUGUUUGCAGUAUUUAUUUUGGUGGGUGCUGAUUCCCUGUUUGGGCUUUGGGGCAGCAUUCCAUCGGGGCUCAGUCUGGCCGCCCUGAGAGGGACCCUGCAGUUGGUGGCCACCACAGGUUUCCCUGAGCUCCCUAUUUCAGAACCCUCCGGGCCGGCAUGCUGGCUGCAUUGCCCUGCAUUAGACCGGGCUGUCUCUGGGUCUCUGCUAGAAGUCGGUUCUGCCCUCGGUUUCGCCCCUGUGGUACCGGCAGAUGAUUGCAGUUUGUGGCAAAGAUAGGACCGAUGGGCUUUGUGCCUUUGACUGUUCGAGUGUAGCUCUCCGUUCCCAGCACUGUUGGAGGGGCAGGCCUGUCAGGACCCCACACACCUGGCUAAGGGCAGAGCUGGCCCCGGCAAAAAAUGCACGGCUCUGUUCCUGGCUCCUUCCCCACCUCCUGCCCCUUCCACUUGUCCCCCUUGUUGACCAACUCCGUCCUCGAGGGCCGCAUGGCCUGGUUGUGGACGGAGCUCACAUACAUCCUGGGCUCCUCGGCCUUCUUCUUCCCUGUUAAGCUGGGCUUCCUGUCUCAAGUAGAAGUGCUGCCCUUUGCUUAGAAAGGGGACAUGGCCUGGCCUCUGUCCCCCGGCCUGGCAUCCAGGCAGGGAGCCCGUUCACACCAGCAGUCUUGGGGCAGCUCGCCUGCUGUACGUAGCCCUCCCCCGGAGAUCCCCUCUGUUUCUUUGCCUCGGAGUUUUACACAGUGUGGAGUGGCCACAGCGAGAGAGUUGGAGGAUGUGUAGCUCCUCUGGGGUCCAGUUAAGUGUUUAUGUUCGUGUUUAAGGGACGUGUGCGACUGUAGAUGGGAAUGUGUUUGUGUGGAGUGCAGGGGGCCUGCGCUGGAGCCCGGCUGUCCGCAUGGUGCUUAUGGAGGACGGAUGUUCUCGGUUACCUACCUCCCAGCCUCCGCGCCUGUGAAGGGACAGAAGUGAGUGGUGACUGAUGUGGCUGGUCACGACUAGACUAGGUAGACUAGUUGCAAGGAGAUGUGAACGUGUGUUAGGUGAUGGAUGGGAUUUGUCUGCUCUUCAAGGGAAAUGUUACUGUUUUAUACCAAAGGUAUUAACAUGGGCAGCCUUCGACACAGUGUAUUCCAAAAAACAAGUUUCUAUUUUGAAAUGGUUUUUACAGCUUAGGCUUUGUACAUACUGCCCUUCUUGGGACAGUGGUAUGCCUUUAUUUUGUAUUGAGCAACAAAGCCUCCAAUAAAACUUUAAAACAAUCUUGACUGAACCUAAAAAAUCAUGUAUGGGGGUCGAGGCCUUUUAAACUGUUGUGUGGGGAACUUUCUAUUAGGCCAUUAGGGUUUUAUUAAGUGCUGGGGGGUGGGGCUUAAAUACUGUUUCGUAAAUAUUUUAUAUACUGUUUGAGUUUUAAACACCAACCCUGACGUUUGGGUUGAACUUUUUUAGAAAGUUGAAGUGAAUGUCAGUUGCGAUGUUUUAUGUAGGAAUGGAAAAGCCAUCAUAUGAAUUUUUUAACUCUUUCUGUGAGGAGUAAGUUUGUGGAACAAUCGGAUGCGUUUGUGCUUCUACCCCGUGUGAGCUGACGUUUCUGGCAGUCUUUACACUUGUCCUUAACUUUGUACUUGUAAUUUUGAGUCUUUGCUUUCCUGGGAUCAGAACAGGUUCCUGAAACAUUCCGCGGUGAAUGAGAACACCGUUAGCUUGCAUAGCCAGGAGCUGACAGCAAGUGUUGGCUGGUCCAAGCUCUGUUAGCAAAUGGAUUCCACGAGGAACUGAUUUUUAUGCUAGCAUGUGGGGCAAACAAAGGCCCAUAUUUAUACUUAAGAACCAUCUAAGUAAAACACUGGCCUGAGAUUUGGUAAAGAGUUAAGUUUUAUUACACUGUAAGAGCUUACAAUUGAAGUAGAACAGCUUUUUCAAAGGUGGCCUUGUUUGUGGUGACUGGGGGGCUGUGCCCAAGACAAUCCUGGAAUAGCCUCUUGUUGCCCCCACCCUGAACCCUCAGAUGAGCAGCCUGGCCGAGGUGCAGGGACCCCACGCUCUGGGUAGGUGGGCUCCCCUGCCCCUCACCUCCAACAGCUGCUCAAGACCCACGUGGCAGCAGCUCAGCCCUCCUCGGCAGCUGGGCUCCUCCCAGUGUGACGGUAGCACGCCUCUGUGUCACUGACUUUCCUUUUUGUGCUAUAAAAAAAUGCUAUAAACGUUAGAAGUAGUCACUGUAUGUUGUACAAGCAUUCGUGGACAUGUAAAAUAAAAGUUACAUAAUGCUUCUGUUUAAA